CUCCCUCUUCUCUUGUUUUGAAAUCAGAAACGAAACUAAGGCUGCUUUUAUUCGUUCGAGAAAGAGAGCAAUGGCGGGUCAGGGUACUGUAGAAAACCUCUGCGAUGAAACUACUUGUCCCAUCUGCUUGGAAUAUUUCAAAGACCCGGUGAUUUUGGACUGUGGGCACAAUUUCUGCCGAGCCUGCCUCACUCAGAACUGGAAAGGCUUUGGUAUGGCCGCUUCCUGUCCUGUGUGUCGAGAAAAGGACCAGCGAAGCAGUUUCAGGCCAAACCGGCAAUUGGCAAACGUUGUAGAACUUGUCAAGAAACUUAAGGAGGAAAACAGGGAAGAAGGAAAAAGGGGUGUCUGUAAAAGGCACCAGGAGCCUCUGAAGCUCUUCUGCAAGGACGACGAAGUCCCCAUCUGUGUGGUGUGUGACAGAUCCAAGCAGCACCGAGAGCACGCUGUGGUUCCUGUGGAGGAGGCUGCUCAGGAGUACCAGGAAAAAAUCCAAGCCCAGCUGCAGACUCUGAAGAAAAAGAGAGAUAAGGCCGUGGAUCAGAAAAUGGCUGAAGAGCAGAAAAGCCAGAAGUACCUAACCGAAUUAGCAGUGGAGAAGCAGAAGAUUAACUUUGCCUUUGAGAACAUGCAGAAGUUUCUUGAGGGGAAACAGCGCUUCUUGCUGGCCAGGUUGGGAGACUUGGAGACAGAGAUCAAGCGGAGGCAGGAAGAAAGUGUCACCAGAUUUUCUGCAGAGCUUUCCAUUCUUGGUAACUUGAUUAAAGAGAUGGAGGAGAAAUACCAGGACCCAACAAGUGAAUUCCUGCAGGACAUCAGAAACACUUUGAGCAGGUGCCAGAAGGGGCAAGUGAAGCAGAAGAUUGACUCAUCUUCAAAUCUGGAAGAGAGACUCAGAAGUUAUUCUUCAAGAAAUUCCAUUUUUGAUAAGGCUCUGGAAAGGUCUAAAGCAUCUCUGGAGCAAGUGCUGAAUGCAGAUCAAGCAUGGAACAAAGAAAAAGAAACACAAUCUAUGGAUCAAGCAUGGAACAAAGUGAAAGUGAUUCUGGAUCCAGAAACAGCAAAUCCCUCCCUCAUUCUGUCUGAAGAUCUGAAGAGUGUGAGAAGGGGAUUUCCAAAAGGCCAGCCUAACAAUACGGAAAGAUUUGAUACUAUGCUUUGUGUUCUAGGCCGUGAAAGAUUCACUUCAGGAAGGCAUUCCUGGGAGGUGGAGGUGCAGGAGGAGCAGAAGUGGACAAUGUGGCUUGUGGGGGUCGCCCGAGAGUCUGUCAAGAGAAAAGGAUUUAUCAGCCUUAAUCCUGCUGAGGGAAUCUGGGCUGUUGGGAAGACAAUAAUCAACUCAUGCUCACCUGACCAGAUCCUGGCUUUUACUUCUGAGUCAGAAACUCCUGUGACGUUGAGAAAAAAACUCAGGAAGAUCCGGGUAUCCCUGGACUGUGAAAAGGGUUGUGUGGAAUUUUUUCAUGCUAAUACAGACAUCUUGAUAUUCACUUUCAUUUCAGACUCAUUCUCUAGGGAAAGAAUCUGCCCUUUUUUCCUGGUGGACAUAGGAGUUAGACUGAAGUGCUGAAUCUGGGGCAGAACUGUUGGAGGGAGAGUUUUAUUUAACUGUCCCUUACUCCAGCAAAAUUGCUCAGGUGAAGAUAAUGCACAGCUCAUUAAGAGUCUUGGGAGACAGGUGAUUAAGAUUCAAAAUAAAUAAGUUUAUUGGGGAAAUACACAGUCACCUUAAGUGGUGCAGUGGGGAAAUGCUUGCCUAACAAGCACGAGGUUGCCGGUUUGAAUCCCUGCUGCUAUGUUUCCCAGACUAUGGGAAACACCUCUAUUGGGCAGCAGCGAUAUAGGAAGAUGCUGAAAGGCAUCAUCUCAUACUGCACGGGAGGAGACAAUGGUAAACCCCUCCUGUAUUCUACCAAAGAAAACCACAGAGCUCUGUGGGCGCCAGGAGUCAAAAUUGCCUUGAUGGCACACUUUACUUUACUCAUUUAGACAGAGAGCUUGCAUACUUGCCACUGGCAUGGUGCUGGAGAGGCAGUCUCUCUCUCAGAUGAGAGAAUAGCUCGAUUAAGACAUUAUGCUGUAGGAGUAUACAGAUGUCUGUACACUCGUACAUGUGUUUGAGUGAAUGACUAUACCUAUGUUCAUUUUUAAAGUGAACCUGGAUACAGGCCCUUCAAAUGCAUGGUACAAAUAGGAAGUGUACUUCUGUACCUGCAUUCAACAUAACGUGAAUGACUGUACCUGUUUAGAGAUCGGUACCUGUGUAUACUGUUCACUUGUUGUAUGUGUGAAUGUACCUAAUGAAAGCUGAGAAUAUCAGUCUACCAAACUGGGGCCCAGAGCUGAGGAAUAGAGAGGGUUCCCUAAUGUGCUAUCUCUGCUACUAAUGCCCCCAGUGGCCAAUAGUUUUAACCUCCAACUAAAACUGCAAUCGGGAAGUGGAUGUGUCAGUAGUGUGGAAUUCUGACCCUUAAUUGUUUUGGAGCCAAGUGGUGUUCUAGGCCAGGAAGUUUUUCACACCCACUUUUAGUUCACAUCUCCUCCAGAAUGGAGGUGUGCAUUCACAUAUCAGCCAGAUUUACCCAAAGUCCUUGCGAGCUCAGGGAGCACUUCACACACAAUUCGGAUUUUUCAGUAUGCGUUAGAGUAUAGCCCGAUUUGUAACCGGGCUUUUAAAAAAUUCACUUUUUGCAUCAUGUGGGGUGGGGGGGCAACUUCAAACUUGCAGUAAACCCUUCUGUCUGGGAAAGCUCCUGAUGUUUCUAUGUUCCUAGAGCUCCUUGACAGCUUCUAUACAAUUACUAUCUGUGAUCUUAUUUAGUUAGAAAAGCUGCAGGUUAUACCUUUCCUUAUUUUCUUCUAUUUUUUUCUGUUAUUUAUUCUGUUAUUUUCCUCAGUUGAUGCUUGCAUAUCUUCAUUGUUUUUCCUUUGCUGUUAAAAAGCCAUGUUAUUUAAUGGAAUAAUAAAUCUGGUUUGGAAACUCUU